AUGGCAGCGGAUGUCUGUUGUCAAUGCAUCGUUGAAAUUCACGUACGUCAUAUUGGAGCACCGGGUCGUUGCAAUGAUGCGUAUGUGUAUAAUCAAUCAACGUUAGCCGCUUACAUUCAACAACCGUUAUUUACGCGAUCAAUCAAAACAAUUGAAAAGACGAAUGUACCGGCACAUUUACUUGGAGACAGCGCAUUCCCAUUGUCGGCGAAUUUAAUGAAACCGUACACAAUCCACCCAAAUAUGCCUCAGUAUCAGACACGAUUUAACUAUCGUUUAUCCCGUACGCGAAAUGUAGUCGAACGAGCGUUUGGUCAGUUAAAAAAUCGUUUUUGGUUAUUACAUAGAAAAAUAGAGUGUGAUAUUGACAACGUCGCAAACAUCAUCAAAACAGCUGUUAUUUUACAUAAUUUUUGUGCCGAUAUUCGUGAUAAUGUUGAAGUUGAGUGGGAUGUUUCCCAACCCUUAUACAAAAAACCGAACUGUACGACAAUAACAAACAAUGUCACACAAAUUCGUCAAGCACUGGCAACACACUUCCAAAACAAUCCCCUUCAUUGA